CAAAUAUAUACCAAGCUCAAAAAAUAAAGUUUUAAAAUAUCUAUCUAUUUUUUCUGAAUAAAAUUCCUUCAGAUUAAUAAUCAAAAUGUCAAGUGCUCAACAAGCCGGUGAGUCCCACGGCCAAGCUCAGGCCAAGACAGAGCAAAUGGCAGAUUCAGCCAAGAGUACAGCACAUUCAAUGGUUGAUAAGGCUGAAAAUGCUACCCAAAGUGCUCAUCAAUCAGCUCAACAAAACAAAGACCAGAAUCCUGGCUUCCUUCAGCAGACUGGAGAGCAAAUGAUCCACAUGGCUCAAGGUGCAGUUGAUGGAGUGAAGAACACUCUUGGAAUUGGAUCAGACAAAAAGUGAAAAGAGAGAGAGAGCUGAAACAUCAUUUCUCAUUUCAUCUUUGUUUUCAUUUUUCAUUUCUUUUAAGUGUUUCCAUAUGCUUUGAUUAGGCAUAAUUGAAAACAUUAGUAAUUUGUGGUUAUUGUUGGAGAUCUCUCACGAAGAGAAUUAGAAAAUGAUUCUUAGCGUGAGAUGAUUUCAUAGGGUUUGUUAGGGUUUUUCGAACUAAAUUCACUCACUUCAUUGUUGUUAAGUGAACAUACUUGUUUUAGUGAUUGAGAUUUCUCUCAUUAGAAUUCUCAUCAUCACUAUGGAAUAAGAAAGUAUCUUUGGUUUAGCAAAUUCAUAUGUUGUU